CAUUUACGGGCCUUCGUACUAUCGACGCCAUGUUUGUCGUUGGGUAGACACAGCAUAGGAUAGAUCAGUUUUCCCGCCGUUUAAGUUGUAAUUCUCAAAGACUCUUCUAACAAGACGCAUUCCAAGGCAAUUAACGCAUUGUUCUCUAAGGCAACGCAUUCAAAAUGAGGCGACUUGGAUUUCCAAUGAUUACCCUACUGAUGUGUGCAUUGAGAUGUCUCGUCAGCACACCCGGGGUAGAAGCACAAACAGUCUCUGUGCGUCUCGUGAAUGGAGCAUCCUCUAACGAAGGUCGUGUUGAGGUGUACUACCAAGGCCAGUGGGGUACAAUUUGUGACGAUCAUUGGAACCUUGAGGACGGUAAUGUCGUCUGUCGUAUGCUUGGCUUACCUCCAGCAACUCAUGCCUGGGGCAAUGCUCACUUCGGCCAAGGAUCUGGACCAAUUAUUCUUGAUGAUGUCAGUUGCUACGGCUUCGAAUACAGCAUCGCUGACUGUCAGCAUGAAGGCUGGUUUAGCAAUGAUUGUAGUCACUCUGAAGAUGCUGGAGUUGUUUGUGGGGAAGCCGUCGGAACGCCAAGUCCAUUGUCAGUCAGCCUUGUGGGUGGUAGGUCCCAUGAAGAGGGUCGUGUUGAGGUCUGCUACCUGGGGCAGUGUGGUACAGUUUGUGACGAUGGAUGGGACCUUGAUGACGCGAAUGUCGUCUGUCGCAUGCUUGGCUUACCUCCUGCAACUCAUGCCUGGAGCAAUGCUCACUUCGGCCCAGGAUCUGGUCCGAUUGCUCUUUAUGAUGUCAAUUGCUAUGGCCAUGAAUACAGCAUCGGUGACUGUCAACACAAAGGCUGGUUUAGAAAUGUUUGUGGCCACUCUGAAGAUGCAGGAGUUACUUGUGGUGUAGCCAUCACAUCACCAGCCCCAGGCGAUUUCUUUCGUCUUUCUGGGAGUUCGCCAUCACAAGGCACAGUGCAAGUUUGGAGCAAUGGUCAGUAUUCCGACCUGUGUAGCGAUGACUGGGACCACAAUGCUGCUAAAGUAGUCUGUCGCCAGGAGGGGUAUCCAACCAACGCAGUGUAUGUGGUUUAUAACACCAAGUACUUGGGUCCUUUCCACGCGUACUCUCUGUCUUGCUCUGGUUAUGAACAUGACCUUUCCCAGUGUGCAACGCCCACAACCUCGCACACUUCAACAUGUAGAACUGCCAAAGUGAACUGUCGACCAUACCCAGGCCUGUCCACCGGCGCCGUUAUUGGUAUCAGUGUAGCGUCUGCAGUGACGGUAAUCUUUAUCGUCAUCAUUGUCGUCAUAGCUUUAGCCAGACGCAGGCGCAGAAAGCCCUCGCAGACAUCCAACAUGAACAUGCCCUUUGCUACAGCUGCGCAGCCACCAGCGACGGAUCCGAGGUAUUCCGGGGAAUAUUACCCCGUUGUUGCUCCUCGGCCACCAUCCCAAACCCAGUUUGUCCCAGACCCAGCCAUGGCUCAGUCGUCAACCUGUGAGUUAUAUUUACGCUCUACCACAAAUCCCGUUGGAAAUGUGGACACCGCUUUUCAGGUCAAGGUGAUGUCAGUGGGAACAGAUAACACUCUUGAUAUUCGCCAAGACACUACAAUGAAAUCUCAUAUUGACUAUCUGGAAUCUCGAUCCGGAUAUCAAGGUUACUUGGAAAACAAUCAAGAUGGCAAGGAUGAUCCCCUCAAGGAUGAAAAGUUCUCCUGGACUCUCGUAACAAGACACAUUGUUCUCCAAGACAACGCAUCAAAGAUGAAGGGACUUGGAUUUCUGAUGCCUGUCCUGGUGAUGUGUGCAUUGAGUCUCUUAAGCAUACACGGGGUAGCAGCGCAAACAGUCCGCCUUGUUGGUGGAGCAUCCUCAAACGAAGGUCGUGUUGAAGUAUACUACCAAAGACAGUGGGGUACAGUUUGUGACGAUGGAUGGGACCUUGAUGACGCUAAUGUCGUCUGUCGCAUGCUUGGCUUACCUCCUGCAACUCAUGCCUGGGACAAUGCUUACUUCGGCCAAGGAUCUGGUCCGAUUGCUCUUUGCGAUGUCAAUUGCAAUGGCUAUGAAUCCAACAUUGCUCACUGUCAACACCGAGCCUGGUUUAGCAAUGAUUGCAGUCACCAUGAAGAUGCCGGAGUUACCUGUGGUGAGGCCAUGAUGACGACGCCAUUUCCAGCUUCAGUUCGCCUCGUGGAAGGCAGGUCCUCUUACGAAGGUCGUGUUGAGGUAUACUACCAAAGCCAGUGGGGUACAGUUUGUGACGAUGGUUGGGACCUUGAUGACGCUAAUGUCGUCUGUCGCAUGCUUGGCUUACCCCCUGCAACUNAGGCUCAAGGGAUUAAAAUUCACUUUUGUCACGAAAUUUUCCUGAUGGAACUUUACGUUUUUGCCUUGUUGCAAAAAUUAGCUUCAGUUCGCCUCGUGGAAGGCAGGUCCUCUUACGAAGGUCGUGUUGAGGUAUACUACCAAAGCCAGUGGGGUACAGUUUGUGAUGAUGGUUGGGACCUUGAUGACGCUAAUGUCGUCUGUCGCAUGCUUGGCUUACCUCCUGCAACUCAUGCCUGGAGCAAUGCUCACUUCGGCCAAGGAUCUGGUCCGAUUGCUCUUGACGAUGUCAAUUGCUAUGGCUAUGAAUCCAACAUUGCUGAUUGCCAACACCGAGCCUGGUUUAGUCAUAACUGUGGACAUAGUGAAGAUGCAGGAGUUACCUGUGGUGAAGACAUGACAACGCCAAGUCAAGUUUCAGUUCGUCUUGUGGGUGGCUUGUCUUCAGACGAAGGUCGUGUUGAGGUAUACUACCAAGGCCAGUGGGGUACAGUUUGUGAUGACAGUUGGGACGUUGAUGACGCUAAUGUCGUCUGUCGCAUGCUUGGCUUACCUCCUGCAACUCAUGCCUGGAGCAAUGCUCACUUCGGCCAAGGAUCUGGUCCUAUUGCUCUUGACGAUGUCAGUUGCUAUGGCUAUGAAUCAAGCAUCGCUGACUGUCCACACAAUAGCUGGUUUAGCAAUGAUUGUAGUCACUCUGAAGAUGCAGGAGUUACUUGUGGUAAAACCAAUACAACACAAGCUCCAGGCGAUUUAUCCAUCCUUCAUUUUUCCGGGAGUUCGCCAUCAGAAGGCACAGUGCAAGUUUGGAGCAAUGGUCAGUAUUUUGACCUGUGUAGCGAUGAGUGGGACCACAAUGCUGCUAAAGUAGUCUGUCGUCAGAAGGGGUAUCUAACCAACGCAGUGUCUGUGACUUACAACACCAAGUACUUCGGUCCUUUCCACGCGUACUAUCUGUAUUGCUUUGGUUAUGAAAAUGACCUUUCCCAGUGCGCAACGCCCACAACCUGGAACUCUCCAACAUGUAGAACUGCCAAAGUGAACUGUCGAGCAUACCCAGGCCUCUCAACCGGCGCUGUUGUUGGUAUCGCUAUUGGCUCUGCAUUGGCGGUGAUCUUUAUCGUCAUCAUUGUCGUCAUAGCUUUAGCCAGAGGCAAGUGCAGAAAGCCGUCACAGACAUCCAAUAUGAACAUACCCUUGUCUACAGCCGCGCAGCCACCAGCGACGGAUCCGAGUUCUUCUGGGACCACAGGCACCAGUAACACCGUUUAUCGGGAUUCCCUUGCCCAGCCCGCGUCUUAUCAACCACCCCCAGGGUACUACCCAAUGCCCUUCAGCAACCAACCCCAACCCAUUCCAUCCCAAGCACCUUCUACGUGGGCUCCCGUAGGGGCAUCCCCCGUACCAACCGCUGGUAGUGCUCUGACCCCACACUCUGGAUUUGCCCACGUGCAUACUCCCUCAUACGCCAACGUUGCUCCUCUGCCAUCACCCCAAACCCAGUUUGUCCCAGUAGACCCUCCCAUGGUUCAGUCGUCUGAACCAACCCAUGAGUUAUCUUUACGCUCUGCCACUUAUCCCGAUAGAAAUGCAGACAACACUGUUCAGGUCAAAGGUGUCAGCGGAAACGCUGAAUUAUCCAUUAAGUCCUGCACGAAGCCGUUGCAGACUCUUCUACUAAUACGCAUUAAAAGGCAACGCAUUGUUCUCCAAGGCAACGCAUUCAAAAUGAGGCGACUUGGAUUUUUGAUGCCUGUCGUACUGAUGUGUGCAUUGAGAUGCCUCAUCAGCACACCUGGGGUAGCAGCACAAACAGUCUCAGUUCGUCUUGUGGGUGGAACGUCCUUUAACGAAGGACGUGUAGAGGUGUACUACCAAAGCCAGUGGGGUACAGUUUGUGACGAUUAUUGGGACCUUGAUGACGCUAAUGUCGUCUGUGGAAUGCUUGGCUUACCUCCUGCAACUUAUGCCUGGAGCAAUGCUCACUUCGGUCAAGGAUCUGGUCCUAUUUCUCUUGACGACGUCAGUUGCUAUGGCAACGAAUCAAACAUCGCUGACUGCAAACACCGAGCCUGGUUUAGUCAUAACUGUGGACAUAGUGAAGAUGCAGGAGUUACCUGUGGCGGUGACAUCAUGACAACGCAAAGUUCAGUGACAGUCUCAGUGCGUCUUGUUGGUGGAACGUUCUCUGCCGAAGGUCGUGUCGAGGUGUACUACCAAAGCCAGUGGGGUACAGUUUGUGACGAUUAUUGGGACCUUGAUGACGCUAAUGUCGUCUGUCGCAUGCUUGGCUUACCUCCUGCAACUCAUGCCUGGAGCAAUGCUCAGUUCGGUCAAGGAUCUGGACCUAUUGUUCUUGAUGAUGUCAACUGCUAUGGCAACGAAUCAAACAUUGCUGACUGCGAACACCGAGCUUGGUUUUUUCAUAACUGUGGACAUGGUGAAGAUGCAGGAGUUACCUGUGGUGAAACUAUGACAACGCCAAGUCCAGAAUCACUCUCGGUGCGCCUUGUUGGUGGAGCGUCAUCUGACGAAGGUCGUGUCGAGGUGUACUACCAAGGCCAGUGGGGUACAGUUUGUGACGAUGGGUGGGACCUUGAUGACGCUAAUGUCGUCUGUCGCAUGCUUGGCUUGCCUCCUGCAUCCCACGCGUGGAGGAAUGCUCACUUCGGCCAAGGAUCUGGUCCGAUAGCUCUUGAUGAUGUCAGUUGCUUUGGCUACGAAUUAAACAUUGCUGACUGCCAACACCGAGCCUGGUUCAAUCAUAACUGUGGACAUAGUGAAGAUGCAGGAGUUACUUGCAAUGGUGAAACCACAACGUCGCCAAGUCCAGAACCAGUCUUAGUGCGCCUUGUUGGUGGAGCGUCCUCUGACGAAGGUCGUGUCGAGGUGUACUACCAAGGCCAGUGGGGUACAGUUUGUGACGAUUAUUGGGGCCUUGAUGACGCUAAUGUCGUCUGUCGCAUGCUUGGCUUACCACCCGCAACUCAUGCCUGGAGCAAUGCUCGCUUCAGUCAAGGAUCUGGACCUAUUGUUCUUGAUGAUGUCAGUUGUAAUGGCAACGAAUCAAACAUUGCUGACUGCGAACAUCGAACCUGGUAUAGUCAUAACUGUGAUCAUAAUGAAGAUGCAGGAGUUACCUGUGGUGAAACCAUGACAACAUCAAGUCCUGUUUCAAUUCGUCUUGUGGGUGGAGUGACCUCUUACGAAGGUCGCGUUGAGGUGUACUACCAAGGCCAAUGGGGUACAGUUUGUGAUGAUAGUUGGGACCUUGAUGAUGCUAAUGUCGUCUGUCGUAUGCUUGACUUACCUCCUGCAACUCAUGCCUGGAGCAAUGCUCACUUCGGCCAAGGAUCUGGUCCGAUUGCUCUUGAUGAUGUUACUUGCUAUGGCUACGAAGCUAACAUUGCUGACUGCCAACACCAAGCCUGGUUUACUCAUAACUGUGGACAUAGUGAAGAUGCUGGAGUUACCUGUGGUGAAACAACGACAACGCCAAGCCCAGUCUCAGUGCGUCUUUUUGGUGGAGCAUCCUCUUACGAAGGUCGUGUCGAGGUCUACUACCAGGGACAAUGGGGUACAGUUUGUGACGAUGGAUGGGACCUUGAUGACGGUAAUGUCGUCUGUCGCAUGCUUGGCUUGCCUCCUGCAACUCAUGCUUGGAGCAAUGCUCACUUCGGCCAAGGAUCUGGACCAAUUAUUCUUGAUGAUGUCAAUUGCAAUGGCUAUGAAUCCAACAUUGCUGAUUGCCAACACCGAGCCUGGUUUAGUCAUAACUGUGGACAUAGUGAAGAUGCAGGAGUUACCUGUGGUGAAUCCAUGACAACGCCAAGUCCAGUCUCCGUUCGUCUUGCGGGCGGCUGGUCGUCUUACGAAGGUCGUGUCGAGGUGUACUAUCAAGGCCAGUGGGGUACAGUUUGUGACGAUGGAUGGGACCUUGAUGACGCUAAUGUCGUCUGUCGCAUGCUUGACUUACCUCCUGCAUCCCACGCGUGGAGCAAUGCUCACUUCGGCCAAGGAUCUGGUCUGAUAGCUCUUGACGAUGUCAGUUGUAUUGGUUACGAAUCAAACAUUGCUGACUGCCAACACCGAGAAUGGUUAAGUCAUAACUGUGGACAUGGUGAAGAUGCCGGUGUUACCUGUGGUAAAAGCAUGACAACGCCAAGUCCAGUGUCCUCCUCAGUGUCAGUCUCAGUUCGUCUUGUUGGUGGAGCAUCCUCUUACGAAGGUCGUGUCGAGGUCUACUACCAGGGACAAUGGGGUACAGUUUGUGACGAUGAGUGGGACCUUGAUGACGGUAAUGUCGUCUGUCGUAUGCUUGGCUUACCUCCUGCAACUCAUGCCUGGAGCAAUGCUCACUUCGGUCAAGGAUCUGGUCCUAUUGCUCUCGACGAUGUCAGUUGCUAUGGCUAUGAAUCAAGUAUCGCUGACUGCCAACACCGAGCCUGGUUAAGUCAUAACUGUGGACAUGGUGAAGAUGCUGGUGUUACCUGUGGUAAAAGCAUGACAACGCCAAGUCCAGUGUCCUUCUCAGUGUCAGUCUCAGUUCGUCUUGUUGGUGGAGCAUCCUCUUACGAAGGUCGUGUCGAGGUCUACUACCAGGGACAAUGGGGUACAGUUUGUGACGAUGAGUGGGACCUUGAUGACGGUAAUGUCGUCUGUCGUAUGCUUGGCUUGCCUCCCGCAACUCAUGCCUGGAGCAAUGCUCACUUCGGCCAAGGAUCUGGACCAAUUAUUCUUGAUGAUGUCAAUUGCUUCGGCUAUGAAUACAGCAUUGCUGACUGUCAACACAAAAGCUGGUUUAGCAAUGAUUGUGGUCACUCUGAAGAUGCUGGAGUUACUUGUGGGGAAGCCAUCACAACGCCGAGUCCAUUUUCGGUUCGUCUUGUGGGUGGUAGCUCCUAUGAAGAGGGUCGUGUUGAGGUGUACUACCAAGGCCAGUGGGGUACAGUUUGUGAUGACAGAUGGGACCUUGAUGACGCUAAUGUCCUCUGUCGCAUGCUUAACUUACCUCCUGCAACUCGUGCCUGGAGCAAUGCUCACUUCGGCCAAGGGUCUGGUCCGAUUGUCCUUGAUGACGUUGAUUGCUAUGGCUAUGAAUACAACGUUUCUGACUGUCCACACAAAGGGUGGUUAAUCAAUGAUUGUAGUCACUCUGAAGAUGCGGGAGUUACUUGUGGUGUAGCCAUCACAUCACCAUCUCCAGACGAUUUAUCCAUCCUUCGUCUUAUUGGGAUUUUGCCAUCACAAGGCACCGUGCAAGUUUGGAGUAAUGGAGACUAUCGCGUCCUGUGUAGCGAUGGUUGGGACCAAAAUGCCGCUAAAGUAGUCUGUCGCCAGGAGGGGUAUCCAACCAACGCAGUGUCUGUGGUUUACGGUUCUGAGUACUUGGGAUAUUACCAAGCGUACUCUCUGUCCUGCCAUGGUGAUGAACAUGACCUUUCCCAGUGUGCCACACCCAUAUACUCCUCUGCAACGUGUAGAACUGCAAAAGUGAACUGUCGCGCAUACCAAGGCCUGUCAACCGGCGCCGUCACUGGUAUCAGUGUAGUGUCUGCAGCGACGGUGAUCUUUAUCGUCAUCAUUGUCGUCAUAGCUUUAGCCAGAGACAGGCGCAGAAAGCCCUCGCAGACAUCCAACAUGAACAUACCCUUGGAAACUGCCGUGCCGCCACUGGCGACAGAUCCGAGUUUUCCCGGGAGCAUAGGCAUCAGUAACCCUGUUUAUGGGGAGACUUCCCUGGACACCACCAGGGUACUACCCAAUGCCCUUCAGCAACCAGCCCCGACCAAUUCCAUCCCACCCACAGUCUAGUUGGGCUCACUUGUAUUCUCCCGUAGGGGUGUCCCCCGUACCAAACGCUGGUAGUGUCCAGACUCCACACUCGUCAACCAUCACCCCAAACCCAGUUUGACCCAGAUCCACCCAUGGCUCAGUCGUCUGAACCAGCGUAUGAGUCAUCUUUGCGCUCUGCCACCACCGAUAUUUCUGUUCAGGUAAAAGGUGUCAGUGGAAACAAUGAAGUGAGCACGAGAAGUAUUAUGGUACAGAAAACUCACAACUUUGAUCGUAACUGGCAGAUCUAAAUCAUAAUGUAAAGAAUUUGCUGUGGGAUGGAAUUACACUUGACAGUAAGUGUCAUCCUUCUUACACAGAAUGCUCAAAAAAAGGUUGCACACAAUUUGAAUAUUGAAGCUUUGCAAUGAGGUCUGUUUUGGAAUUUUGUCUAAAUGAUUAGAAUAAAAGUGCUUUCAGCAACUUUGCACAUUAAUGCAAUAUCCGGCAAUUGGGACAGGUGUGCCGAUUUCUUUUUCUUAUUGUGGAAACUUUUACUGAAAUGAAAGGAGAUUUUGAGUCACAGCUACAGAAGUAAAUUAAGCUAUUUCCAGUGAAGUUUUGAUAUAAACCAAUAUUGAAAAGAAAACGUGAACAAUCAUUUGACCCCUCAGCUAGAAUGCACCAUUAAAAUACGCUCAAUAUUUGCUCGCGUGUGAUCAUUCCAUAAUCGAAAUAUCUUACUUUAUUACUUUAGUUUGCAGCACAGAUAAUCCGGGAGCAGAAUUAAGCUUUUCCUGUUUUAUUGUUUAUUGGUAACAAAGUGUCUACUUUUCAGACUCUCUGUUUUGCAUAAUGUUUUGAGCUUUUAAUUGCAUUUAUGAAAUCUAUGCAGCCGUGUCAAGAGGGAGCAAAUUAUUUCAUUAGAGCUGAGGUUUUUAGUUGUUGCAUCCGAAGGAUCAAAUUUUAUUCUCCACCAUUCGCAAUUUUGACCUCUCACCUCCCCCAAUCGCUGUAUAGUGUAGUUAUUGAAUAACAUGCAGAUCUUAUUCCUUUGUGCAUUAUUGUGAGAAAAGAAUAAUUGGUACAGUUUGAAACGUUUUAUCCAAUCGGUGAAGUAUGAUUCAAUUUGAAGCUAAGUGUGUGAAAAAAACACGUCUUGUAUUUCAGGCUUCUUUGCUUUUGAAAAUAUAAACUUUUUGACACGGAAUAUGAAAAUACGUGUCUCGUGUUUGUAUCAAACACAGACGAGAGUCACGGGAAUUAGUUAAAGGGUGUUAAUUAAAAAUGUAUACUGUUCAUCAUUACAAUUCUUUGUGCUUACUCAGAGGAGAUAUGCUUUCAUAAUGUGUUUGCAGGUUGAAGUGCAACAUUAUUUUUCAGUUAACUUUGUAUUUUAAAACUGUACAGAUUCUAAGAAAAAUAAAAUAACAGUAUUUUCUGCUUUCAGUGGUUCACAAUUUAAAGUUAGGUGUGUGAAAAACAGCUCUUGCAUUUUAGUCUUUUUAAAAUGUAAGCUUUGAGGUGUCGAGCGUUGAUGUGUUAAUUGGAAAGAUGAAAAGUUCAUUGUUAUAAUUUUUUCUUUGUUUAAAAUGUAUUAAAAGUUAAUUUUUUGGCGUACUCAAAUUAUAUGAGGUAUUAUAUGAAAGUUUUCCGGUAUUAAACAUUAUUAAACGGCUAUUUUACUGCACUUUGUACUUUAAAACUUUAUAGAUUUUAAGAAGAAUACGAUAUAUAUCAUCUUAACCUUUUGAUUAAGUUAAUGUCUUCUCAAGUAUUCACUGACUUUGUAUAACUAAAAAAAAAGGAAUUAUCAAUUGAUCAGUGCCUUUUUCCUGUCAAAUUUGCUUCGAAAAAGCACAGUACGCAGACAAUUUCGUUGUAAUUAUACUCAGCUAUUGAUGGAGAGUAAACAUCGGGAAAAGAGUAAAAGGAGAAAUUUGAUUGUUUAAACA